AUGGAUGCCAUGUUCAUCGUUGCGUGCGCUCGACGUAAGAUCAACAACCUCGACGGUCGAUUGACAACCUCUCCGGACGUCGACUGGACCAGCGGCCGUUUCGCUGGUGCGACAGUGCUCUACUUGCUCUGGGGUAUUGUGUACGCCAGCUAUUUGAUCAGUGCCAAUUGGGUUGUUGGGGCGCUGAGCAACGACCCUGCACGUUGUGCCAUGUAUUCGGGGUUCGCCAAGGGCACAGCAUCUCUCGGCCUGUGCAUCUGUUUCAUCCUAGACACCAAGAAUGUCACCUACAUGACCCAGGUUAUCAUGCAAUUCGUUCUGUACGGCAUCGGCUCCCUGGCUUUGAUUUACAUGAUUAUUUAUCAUGUCAAAGACACCAAUUACUUCCUUGAGGAACAUGACAUCGUUCCUACUCACGUGGUGGAAGAGGCUGCCGCCAAAUCACACGAGGGGCUGAGACCAUCGACAUGA